CAUUACGUAAACUAUACAUAACAUAAUAAGUAACAACGGCUAAGGGAAGGCAAAUUUAUUAAUGAGUAGCAUAAAAUAUAAGAAACGUAAACAGAAGUGCAGCGAUUAACGAUACAUUUUUCCAACGUAUACUAAAAUAUUAGCAUACAUGAUAUAAACAUAUUUCACAGAGAUCGAAGAGUAUGAAGGCUUAACAAAUAUUUCUUUAUAAAUCUAUCCAUAAAUCUACAUUUGCAAUUAUUCUAAGUAACCAAAUAAAAUUUGUUCAGUGAUGAUUAUAUAGAUAACAGUGUUAGGUUAUGUAGAGCUUGAAAAACAAAUUAUAUGUAUUUCUGUCAAUAAUUAAAUAUCAACAACGUUCGAUCGAAACGUAUAAUGGAACUUGGCGACCUAAUAUUAAUUCCAAAACUUGAUAACGUUGCGUUGGUAGAUAAAAGUGAUGGCAAUUACAAAAGUAUAGAUGGAAGACUAUGUAUUAGUAGUCACCAUCUUCUUUGGUCUUCGCGACAAGGCGAUGGACAAGAGCUCUGGCUAUUAUAUCGAAAUAUUGAUCUUAUAGAGAAAAGAUUGAAUACCCAAAGUCCAGGUGGUACCAUUAUAUUGAAAUGUAAAGAUUUUCACAUUCUUCAAUUAGAUAUUAAUUCAACAGAUGACUUAACAAAUGUUGCGCUAUCUAUAGAGAUGUUAACGUCACAAGAGCAAACUUUACAGUAUCCCUUUUUUAAUAGACCACAAGUUGCUAACAGUACUAUAAAACAAAUAGAAGAUGGGUGGACUGCGUUUGCUCCAGUAUCAGAAUGGUCCAGAUUGUUAACUGCUUAUGCGGAUGAAUGGCGUAUUAGUUAUUUAAAUAAAGACUACAAAGUUUGCAAUUCUUAUCCUUCUGCUGUUAUAGUACCACGUCACAUAGAAGAUAAGAUUAUAAUAUCAUCUGCCAAUUUUAGAGAUGGUGGACGAUUUCCAGUUUUAUGUUACAGACACGAAGGAGGGAGUAUCUUGUUAAGAAGUAGUCAACCGAUGUGUGGCACUAAUGGUAAAAGAUGUAAAGAAGAUGAAAGAUUGUUAAAUGCUGUGUUAGGGCCAGGAAGACGUGGUUAUAUAAUAGAUACAAGGUCCAUUAGCCAAGCUCAAAGUUCCAGAGCUAAGGGUGGUGGUACAGAAAUGGAUGCUGCUUAUCCGCAAUGGCGGAAAGUACACAAAGCGGUUCCGCGACCCCAUGAUUUAGCAGAUAGUUUUUUUAAAUUGAUAGAAGCUUGUAAUGAUAUAACGUGUUCUACUUCCCAGUGGAUCUCAAGACUUGAUAACGGUGGAUGGUUAUCCGCUGUACAAAGCGCUUUAAACGCUGCUUGUGUAACUGCUCAGUGUCUUCAUCAAGAAGUUGCAGCUGUAUUAGUUCAUGGUAGUGCUGGCAGAGAUUCUACUUUAGUGGUAACCAGCUUAGCACAAACGAUAUUAAAUCCUGACUGUAGAACAGUACGUGGCCUUCAAGCUUUAAUCGAACGUGAAUGGAUACAAGCUGGUCAUCAAUUUUUUAGCCGUACACGUCAUGGACCAUACCAUCCAUCAAAUUCACAAAAUCCAACGCAUGCACCGACUUUUCUUCUUUUCCUCGAUUGUCUUUACCAACUCCAUUAUCAAUUUCAAUUUAGCUUUGAAUAUACAGUAGAAUUAUUGAUUGAGUUGUACAAUCAUGCAUAUUACUCUAAUUAUGGCACAUUUUUAGGUGAUUCGGAAGCAGAGAGGGUUAGACUUCGAUUAUCUGAACGAACGUGUAGUUUAUGGUCUUAUAUAAAUCAACCGGAAAUAUUGGAGAAAUGGUUGAAUCCUUUGUAUGAACCAAAUUCAGGAGUCAUUUGGCCCAGUGUUGCACCUAUUAGUAUUCAGUUGUGGAAGGAACUUUAUCUUGGCCAUACAAGUGUUGCUCCAUGGAAAAGUUUACCUUCAUGUAUAAAACAAAUAAAACAAAACUAUAUGGCAGUACGCAAAGUUGCCAGUCAAUUACAAAUUCAGAUUAAACAAGCGAUAGAGCAAAUGCGUUCAAACCCUGAUAUAUGUUAUGAAGAGGAAAAUCAAGAUGAGCAUACUUGUAUAGCACAAUUAAGUCUAGAAUCUCGAAAUACGUGAUAUACAUUAUGGACAAUGUAAAGAGGAAAAAACUUCAUUUACAUGAGACACACAAUAUCGUAAUUUGAACUUAUUUACGACAUAAAAUUACCAAGUAUCAUAAUCGUAUGUUUAUCAAAAAUUCACCAAAAUUUCAAAAGUUAUUUAUCUCAUAUAUACGUUUUUUUAUGUUUCCUUAGGA